AUUUUUCCGAAAUCCAAUCAAAGCCUGAAAAUGGUGACUCCUUCGGAAACUUCAUUCACUUGUUUGCUUCUCAAUGGCUACUGCUUUAGCUACAGUCCCAAUUUUGUCAUUCUCUCCUUCCACCCACCGCCACCAAUCAGGAAGCUUUCUCAGUGCUUGUUCUACUUCAAAGCCAAACUUCCAUAGAAUCAAUAGAAUUGCAACACCUCUUGCUUUAAAUGGAAACCCAGUCCUAGAUAGGUAUAAACAAUUCAAUGCUCCAAAAGGAUUGGUACACAGUACAGUUCUGGGGCUCAAUUCCUCCAACUUCUUGCAAAUGGGUUCUCAAGAAUCUUGCUUUCGUAGAAGGAUUGCAGUGAACUCCAUGGGUGCAGAGGGGGGUAACACUUUGACUUCCACCAUCUCUCAAAAAGUGUUUGGGCUUUUGCACUUGCUUGUUUCGCUUGGGCUAAUUCUUGCAAUAGAUAAGUACUUGAAGAAGGCCUUUGUGGCUGCUGCCAUUAAGUUCCCCAGUGCCCUGUUCGGGAUGUUUUGUAUAUUUUCUGUUUUGGUGAUUCUUGAUACUACCGUCCCGGCGGCCGCAACUAGCUUGAUGAACUUUUUCCAGCCGGCUUUCACAUUCAUUCAGAGAUGGCUUCCACUGUUUUAUGUCCCGUCUUUGGUGGUUUUGCCACUUUCUGUUAGAGAUAUUCCUGCUGCUUCAGGCGUCAAGAUAUGCUUCAUUAUAGUUGGAGGAUGGUUGGCUACACUGUGUGUGGCUGGUUUUACAGCGAUUACUGUAAGAAAAAUAGUGAAGACACAAAUGAUAGAUCCUGAGCCAAUGGCAAAACCAUCACCUUUUUCUCCCUUAGAAUUGUUGACUUGGAGUGGUAUAUUCAUUAUAUCAUUUACUACUGCACUACUCUAUCCAACCGCAUUGGGGACCAGUGCCAGAACAUGCCUCCCUUUUCUGCUGGCAUCAACUGUGCUAGGCUACAUGUUUGGUUCUGGGUUGCCAUCUGCUGUGAAAAAGGUUUUCCAUCCAAUCAUUUGCUGCACGCUAUCUGCCGAUCUUGCAGCAUUUGCUUUUGGGUUCUUAUCCCAGUCUGGACUUGACCAUGUCCUAGGAUGCUACCUUACAAAAGUGUCAUCUGACCCUGGAGCUGGUGAUGUUCUCAUGGGAUUUUUGGGAGCCGUUAUUCUUUCUUUUGCUUUCUCAAUGUUCAAACAGAGGAAGCUUGUUAAGAGGCAUGCCUCUGAGAUUUUCACUUCUGUCAUUAUCUCAACUUUAUUUUCAUUGUAUUCCACUGCUCUCGUUGGACGCCUUGUUGGGUUAGAACCAACUCUGACCAUUUCAAUUCUACCAAGAUGCAUAACCGUGGCACUAGCCCUCAGCAUUGUUUCUCUAUUUGAAGGUGCCAAUUCAUCUCUUACAGCAGCUGUAGUUGUAGUAACUGGACUGAUAGGAGCAAAUUUUGUGCAAGCAAUGCUUGAUAAAUUACAGUUCCGUGAUCCUAUUGCUCGAGGAAUAGCAACUGCAUCAAGUGCCCAUGGAUUGGGAACUGCAGCUUUGUCAGCCAAGGAACCCGAGGCUCUUCCCUUCUGCGCCAUAGCAUAUGCACUCACCGGUAUAUUUGGCUCAGUGGUCUGCUCUGUCCCAGCUGUAAGACAAAGCUUGCUCGCAGUAGUUGGCUGAAACUUAUCAGCUCCAACCUUUUUUUCCCCUAGGCUAUAUUUUGAUGUGCUGUACAGAAUAAUAUCAACACCCAUUAGUAAGUUUGAGAAUUUGUAUCAAAACAAGCAAAUUAAGUGGCAAUGCACCCAUUAUUGAAUUAUUCAUUUCAUACUUCUCUACCCAAGAUUUAUUGUCUGAAUUAUAUGUAUAAAAAGGCAUAUGGAUUAAAACUCAGAAAAUGCU